CAGCUCGCCGACAGCUCGCAUUCGGAGGCGUCCUGCUCCAGCCUCGCAGAGCCGAUGGCAUCUCCCGGCUCCGGCUUUUGGUCCUUCGCGUCUGAAGAUGGUUCCGGGGAUCCCGAGAACCCAGGCACAGCGAGGGCCUGGUGUCAGGUGGCUCAGAAGUUCACGGGCGGCAUCGGAAACAAGCUGUGCGCCCUGCUCUACGGGGACGCCGAGAAGCCGGCGGAGAGCGGCGGGAUCCAGCCCCCGAAGGCCACCUCCCGCAAGGCCCCCUGCGCCUGCAACCAGAAGCCCUGCAGCUGCCCCAAAGCGGGGGUUAACUACGCGUUUCUACACGCAACAGACCUGCUACCAGCGUGUGAUGGAGAAAGACCCACUUUGGCAUUUCUGCAAGAUGUUAUGGACAUUUUGCUUCAGUAUGUGGUGAAAAGUUUCGAUAGAUCGACCAAAGUGAUUGACUUCCAUUACCCCAAUGAGCUUCUUCAAGAAUAUAACUGGGGAUUGGCAGACCAACCACAAAAUUUGGAGGAAAUUUUGAUGCAUUGCCAAACAACUCUAAAAUAUGCAAUUAAAACAGGGCAUCCCAGAUAUUUCAAUCAACUUUCUACAGGACUGGAUAUGGUUGGAUUAGCAGCAGACUGGCUGACCUCAACAGCAAACACUAACAUGUUCACCUAUGAAAUUGCUCCAGUAUUUGUGCUUUUGGAAUAUGUCACGCUAAAGAAAAUGAGAGAAAUCAUUGGCUGGCCUGGGGGCUCUGGCGAUGGGAUAUUUUCUCCUGGUGGCGCUAUAUCCAACAUGUACGCUAUGCUGAUUGCGCGCUUUAAGAUGUUCCCUGAAGUCAAGGAGAAAGGGAUGGCUGCGGUCCCCAGGCUCAUUGCCUUCACGUCUGAGCAUAGCCAUUUUUCUCUCAAGAAGGGAGCUGCAGCCUUGGGCAUUGGAACAGACAGUGUGAUUCUGAUUAAAUGUGAUGAGAGGGGGAAAAUGAUCCCAUCUGAUCUUGAAAGAAGGAUCCUUGAAGCCAAACAAAAAGGAUUUGUCCCUUUCCUUGUGAGUGCCACGGCUGGGACCACUGUGUAUGGAGCGUUCGAUCCCCUGUUAGCUGUUGCUGACAUUUGCAAAAAGUAUAAGAUCUGGAUGCACGUGGAUGCAGCUUGGGGUGGGGGAUUACUGAUGUCCCGGAAACACAAGUGGAAACUGAGCGGCGUGGAGAGGGCCAACUCUGUGACAUGGAAUCCACAUAAGAUGAUGGGCGUCCCUUUGCAGUGCUCUGCUCUCCUGGUUAGAGAAGAGGGAUUGAUGCAGAGUUGCAACCAGAUGCAUGCCUCCUACCUCUUUCAGCAAGAUAAACACUACGACCUGUCCUAUGACACCGGAGAUAAGGCCUUACAGUGCGGACGUCACGUUGAUGUUUUUAAACUCUGGCUAAUGUGGAGAGCAAAGGGGACCACCGGGUUUGAAGCACAUAUUGAUAAGUGUUUGGAGCUGGCGGAGUAUUUAUACAAUAUCAUCAAAAACCGAGCAGGUUAUGAAAUGGUGUUUGAUGGAAAGCCUCAGCACACAAACGUCUGCUUCUGGUAUGUACCUCCGAGUUUGCGUGUUCUAGACAACAAUGAAGAGAAAAUGAGCCGCCUCUCUAAGGUAGCUCCAGUGAUUAAAGCCAGAAUGAUGGAGUAUGGGACCACAAUGGUGAGCUACCAGCCCUUGGGAGACAAGGUCAAUUUCUUCCGUAUGGUCAUCUCAAACCCCGCAGCAACGCACCAAGACAUUGACUUCCUGAUUGAAGAAAUAGAACGCCUUGGACAAGACUUAUAAUAACCUAGCUCACUAAGCUGUUUCAGUUCUCUAGGUAGACAAUUAAGUUGUCACACACUGUGUAAAUGUAUUUGUAGUUUGUUCCAAAGUAAAUCUAUUUCUAUAUUGUGGUGUCAAAGUAGAGUACAGUUUAAAAAUCAAAAACAAACAAACAUUGCUCCUUUUAAAAAUCCUUUCUUAAGUUUAGAAUACCUCUCUAAUAAUUAGUGACAAAAGGCUGUGUUCUAAUCAAUAAGGAAAAGCUUAAAAUUGUUACAAAUACUUCCCUUACUUUUAAUAUAGUGUGCAAAUCAAACUUUAUUUUCACUUCAGAGUAGUAGGGUUGAAUAGUGCCAAAUUGCCCCUGAAUCAUAAAAGGUUCUCUGGGGUGCAGUGAAAAGGAUAAAGUAAAUAUAAAAUGUAUGCUGACAAUAAAAAAACUCUUGCCUUUUUCAUAGUAUUAGAAAAAAAAUUUCUAAUUUACCUAUAGCAACAUUUCAAAUAUAUUUAAAUACAUAUAAUUUUACAAAAGGAAAAUAUAUAUAUUAAAAAGAAAUCCUAUUUUGUAACAUAUAGAUUUUUAUUUUAUAUGGGUUAUACAAACUGCAGGGGCAGAUAUUAAAAACUAAGCCAGAUUUGUUUUUCUCUUUCUUUUAACGGAGGCACAAUAAAACACUUAGCAAAGUUAUUUUGAAACAUAGGCCCACAAAAUUCUUAAAAGGUAUGAUGCCUUCUUUCUGUUCAUUUUAUGACUUAUCACAUCUCUAAAGUUAGAAUUACGAAACAGACACGAAAGAAUACUGCAAGUUCUUUAAAAUGAUUGGUCAGCUCGACAAUAAGACUCUCUCCCCAUUUAAGUUUUCCAUCCAUUGGACCUUAGUAGACCCGCUCAGUAGGCCUGACAGCCACGCUUCAUCUUAGACUAAAUUAGGGUAAUCGUCUCUCUUCUGCUUUCCAGUUCAGCCUGUUUAGAACAGAAGGUUGAUGCCGGUUCUUGAGAUAUCUUCCCAGACAGUAUUCUUUUAUUAAGUCAUUUGGAUUCAUUAGAGAAAAUAAAAAUAAAAUCUAAUCAGCCCGAGCAGAGGAAUGAAACACUCCAGAUGUGGCGAGCCCAGAGAAUUAAACUUGGCCUUAGUUUAAACUUGUGUGAGAAUAAUGAUGUCAUCCUGGAUGCCACAGUGUCCCUGCCCAGGAAGGAGUCGUUCCCCUCCCGGGUCAUUGCUCUUUCCCAUUCACUCCCCAUUCCGACCCACAAAAGUCUCUCCUGCUAAGCUCCCCAUCACUGGGCUUCCCAAUAAUUAAUUUCUACUCCAUUAGUGGUUAUUUUCCUCUCAGGAAAUGAGCUCCUCACCUAGGAUUUUGAGACAGCAUCUUAAGACCUUCUUUUAUCAUCUGUCUCCCAUCAAGACCCAAUGUGACCAGACUAUGUAGAGAUCAUAUGCUCCUUAGAAUUCAAAAUAAUAUUUUAAAAGCAUCCUCUACCCCUGCAAACCUGAUGGAGAGACAUGAGCUAACGAGAGCUCCCAUAGAUAUUUAUGGGGCACAGAUGGUCAGAGUCAAAGAGGUAGUGGAGGAGCGUGGACCCAUAUAUGCAGACUGCAGAUGCACAUUUAGGAACAUUCAUCCUUUCUGUAUGCCCCAGUCAGAGCAGUGGUCAGGAAGAUGAUAGGUGUAUGAGAGAGGAAAGAGGACCCCAUCCUUCGUCAAAUAGAAAAGGCCUCUAACAUGACCACGGGAUCCAACCACCUGAAAGCUUCCCGAGCUCGCCCCUACAUUCUCUCUCCCAGGUUAUAUAUGAAAACGUUGAUAUUUGAGAUGAACAUGGCUUUGAGCCCUCUCUGUCUAGGAAGCAAAUGGAUUCCCUAUGACUAUUAGAAGAAAACGCUUUAUCUGUGCCCCAGAAUUUCAUGAAGGAACAAGGCUCCCAUUCUAGGCUGGGUCUAAUGGCCAAGCAUUCCUUUCCUUUCUAGAAAUUAGCUGUUGAGAAUAAGCACACAACUGCCCACCUAUUGUGAGCCUCAGGCCACAGACCCCAUCUCAGAGGCAGAGACACUAAUUAUCAAAACCGCCAUCCUGCUUGGAGGAGACAGUGAAGCCCAGUGGCCUGAUCUGGACAGAUCCCUCUCUACUCCAGGAUGCUUCUACCUAGGGUUAUAGAUUCUCUAUCAGAAGCGGCUGCUUUUUCACUUGAUGGUAUGACAGAACUUAAAGGAGGAACAUUUGUGCCUGUGUUUGAAACUCCAGCAAAAUAGUUUUUACCAAGAGCUUGUUUCCCCGAACCCCUGCCCCUUCCAGGUUCUUCCCCAAGUUUGCUGGGAGCCUUGCUCAAUCCUAUGCAGUGAAAUGCUACCAACCGUAACCCAGGGAAGGAGGUAAAUAAAAGCCUGAUAAGUCCCAGUAGUUUAAUAAAUAUUCUUUAAAGUAAGUUUGUAAUCUACUCAAGAGAAAGGGAGGGAGGGAAGGAGGGAGGAAGGGAGGGAUGGAGGAAGGAAGGAAGGAAGGACAGAAGGAAGGAAGGACAGAAGGAAGGAAGGAAGGUAGGACAGAGGAAGGAAGGAAGGAAGGAAGGGAGAUUGUUUUGAACUUUAGCCAAAUUCCCAGUGCCAAAGGCCUUUAUGUGGGACCAUUCUUUACAAAUAUUAGAAAAGUUUGGCUUUAGCUUUAAUCACAAUUGACAUGGCCAUUUUCAUUUAGAUAGCAAUAUUGUGUUUGUUAGUUUUAAAUACUUGAAAAAAAAAAAGUGUGGUAUGUCUCCGUCGGAGACACAUAAAUGGUAUUGACUUCCUGAACUGUCUCAAGGACGUGAGGAAAGAAAAGGAAAUCAGUUGUGUGUGUAACUGUGUUGCCUUUAUUAUACUGCUAGUACUGUCUCGUCACCUCAGAUGGGGGUUGUGCACUUUAGAUCUGAACUUACAGUGUUGCAAAUCAACAUGUUUUGCUGUAAAAGCUUGUACAAUAUAUUAUUGAUGUGUCUUUUCCUGUGUGGUAGCCGUACUGACUUUCUGAGAACCACAUUCGCAUCUGUGCCCAUUAACUCUCUCGCCCGCCCUCUCUCUGCUAAACGGCGUGCCCUCCACCUCAGCUCUCGCAGGGAAUACCCUCGGCUCCGCUCGCUGCUGAGAAAUCUCCUUUGAGAACUGUGGGAUUUCACAGAAUGCAAGGAGGAUGCUACUUUAGUGUCUCCGAGAACAGAGGAAACCAAUAUGGAGGGUCACAAACAGCCAACGUUGCAGGCACUGUCCCUGCUAAGGUUUGGAGUAGGUGCUACUCCUCAGAAUAUGGACCAAGAAAGCACGGGUGUAAAUAUAGCAGCAGGACAAGGAACCCAGGAACCUAACGGCGGGUAUCAUCUUGCACGUGCCCUCCUGUUUUCAAAUGCUAAGUGCAAAUGCUGUGUAUUGAUUAGUUACCUGUGCCAAAGUCCUGUUCCCAGUCAGUGUUUCUGAAAGACAUUGACAUCUCCCAGCAUCACUCUGUUACUAAAGACAGAAAUCAAUAAAAACUAUAAACACGUGGCAACCUGUUCUUCUUACCAAAUAUAAACUUGUGUAUGAUCAAAGUAUAUUUUAUGUGUUGUUUCUCUAAAUCCAAAUAAAUGUGUAAACGUGGACGUA